AUGAAAUACAUAGCUAUAAUAUACCCGUUGGCAUCGGCGCGACUGACCAAGACGUUUGGCACAGUAAUAAUUCUGAUAAUAUGGGCAAUGGCCAUAGGGUUGGGCUCAAUAUCGUGGUUCAAUUCGGUGGCCGAGCCCUUCCAGUUCGCCAAUAAGACGCUAUACGAUUGCAAAGAGACCUGGAGUAUUGAGACAGCGCGCACGUUCACCUUGGUCAUUUUUAUAAUAACGUUUGCGCUGCCAAUAGUGGUGCUGACGUUCGCGUACGGCUCGGUUGGUAUGAAAAUGUUGAGACACACCAUUCCGGGCAACGCAGACCUGGUUCGCGAUGAGGCACAGAAUAGCGCCAAAAUUAAGGUGAUUAAGAUGUUGUCGACGAUUGUGCUAUUAUUCGCCAUUUGUUGGCUUCCGAUACAUAUUCUCAAUCUAUUCAUAUAUUUCGCUCGCGAGUGGUUGGAGAGGAUAUACCAGACAGAGUCCGGCUUUAGGGCUUACAUCGCCCUAACCAUAGCCGCCCAUUGGUUUUCAAUGGCCAACUCAUUCGGU